ACUACUCUGGACCUACGGAGUAUAUAGUGACUAGCUUGCUAGCUGUACUACCGUAAGCUUAUAAGUGCGGUCAACUGGCUCCGAUCUUCACCAGCCACACUCUAGGUCUUCCUCUCCAAUGAACAAUUGGCCGGUAGAUCAAUGGGUGGGCGCCAGCAUCGCUUACGAUCAAAUCCCGAGCUACGUACACCGAGUACGGAGGUUGAUGUUCCCAUGCAUUUUCUCGAAUGCUUUGGGGGAAAGCGGAGAGAUGCUAGCCCACAUGGCCCGACGCGAUCGGCCCUUUUGGUGUGGCUGCUCGCAUCCCUUGCAGCUCUAUCCGCAUCCGGGAGACUCUCAGAGGGCCUGCCCAAGUUCUCCCUGCUAACGACUGUCAUUCAAGUACAUGCAACCUCUGAAGGCAUCCCAAGAGUAAGAGAUGAAGAAGAAAGGAAAUCAAGAUACAAUACACAUAGAGGGUAAGGUCACUUUUUCUCCGAGUACUAUCGUUAUCCGACAUCACCUCGCUCACAUAUAACAUGUGCAACCACACCAAAAAGAAAAAACCAUAUAC